GUAUCCUCAGUGAGAGUGUGAAUGUCUGUGGACUGUUCUGCUUGCUUGCAGCAUCCUAGGAACUGCAUCAGUGAAUUUCGACUAGGCUCAUUUCUUCCCAAGAAAACCUCACCACAGGGGUCGACAGAAUAGUAAACGUUUGACUAAUAGCGUCUCUGUCCACACAUAACCCACUCUGAAGAAGAACGCAAAGCCCCAUUAACUUCGCACUCUUUCAAGACAAAAUGGGAGCAAAAAACAGCAAGCUGACCCCGGAGGUGAUGGAGGAUCUGGUGAAAAGCACGGAAUUUAACGAGCACGAGCUGAAACAGUGGUACAAAGGCUUCCUGAAAGACUGCCCCAGUGGACGACUGAAUCUAGACGAGUUCCAACAACUCUAUGUGAAGUUUUUCCCCUAUGGAGAUGCUUCAAAGUUUGCCCAGCAUGCAUUCAGGACCUUUGAUAAGAACGGGGACGGCACCAUCGAUUUCAGAGAGUUCAUCUGUGCCCUGUCUAUCACAUCUCGAGGCAGCUUCGAACAGAAACUCAACUGGGCCUUCAACAUGUACGACCUGGAUGGAGAUGGCAAGAUCACACGAGUGGAGAUGCUGGAGAUCAUUGAGGCCAUCUACAAGAUGGUGGGGACUGUGAUCAUGAUGAAGAUGAACGAGGACGGCCUGACGCCCCAGCAGCGAGUGGACAAGAUCUUCAGCAAGAUGGACAAGAACAACGACGACCAGAUAUCACUGGACGAGUUCAAAGAGGCAGCAAAGAGCGACCCUUCCAUUGUAUUACUCCUGCAGUGUGACCUGCAGAAAUAGAGGAGAGGGGAGCUUGAGAACCGCCACAGACUACACAGAAGAUUCAUGUUCCAUUCAGUUUGCAGCUAUUUCCACUGAAAAAAAUAUGCUUGGACUACCUUUCAAUGGAUCCGCUUCUUGUGUUUGAAACACUUGUGUGCAUGAGAAUGUUAUUUGCUAGAAACUAUUUACACAUACAUCUACACACACAUAAUGACCUACACACACCCCACGAUGACACACUCACUACAUAUUCACACUACGCACAAAUAUAUAGAUAUAUAAAUAUUAUAUUUCAAUUAUUUAAAAUCAACUGCCAAAAUGUGAAGUGUGCAAAGUAUUUUCCAUACACUCAUUCCACUGGAGCUUGAGCAUCAGUGAUGUGCUAUGUUAAAUUACGCUACUACUUAUUGUUCCAAGUUUACUGACGCUAGCUACGCGUUUCAUAUAUUGAGUAAUGUCAACCAAAUCAAAUUCCUAUGGUAACGCAACUGUUUCUGAUAAACCAUGUAUCCAUUCUUAUAAAAGACUAGAUUUGGAUAGAUAAAGAGAUGGAUUAGUAGCCUAUUCAUCACAAACUUUUCCUUCCAAAUGUGCUUGUACUGUUGGUGAAUAUAAAUGUAGUUAAUUUGCAUGCCUUUAGGUUUUGCCUUAAAAAGAGUCUCCUCAUUUUGCAUCCAAUAAGAAUAACGAAGACAAAGCCUUAUCAAUGAAAUGUCGUUAAACAGUUAAACAUAAAAUAUUAUAAUAAUUGAAUAUGAAAGCAUAUUACAGUAUAGGUCAAUCUACAAGUAUUGAUGUAUGGGAUGUAUUGUUUGUGAUUUGUCAAGGUAUUAUUUUUGACUGCUGUACCUGUGGGAGCAUGUUCCUUGUAGAUAAUAAUAAUAAUAAUAAUAAUAAUAAUAAUAAUAAUAAUAAUAAUAAUAGUAAACACACCCCACCCCUAUUUAAAAUCAACCAUCUCAUGAGCCCAUUUUGAAUGAGGAAAUAUUGAAUGUGGAAUAUUUAACAACGACAAAACCAACAGUCUGUAUGAAUACAAGAAAAAGAUUUUCGCUGAAUUGGGACUGAAAUAAAUUAAAUGCAUUGACAUAAACCCACCUCAUCAGUAUUGUCGGGGGAAGUAUUCCCUGUGAGGCAUAACUAAUGAGGCAAUGUAAAAUCUAUCUGAAAAUUAGCUCAGCCCAAUAACAACUUAGAGGUUUUACAUGUAUUUUAUCCUACAUAUUAUUGCUCCACUUAGUUUAAGUUCUAUGUCAUCACACCAUUUCUUCAAUGAAGAUACAGGUUGCAUAUCAAUGUGGUGAAUUCAAUGAAGUUCCUGUCAUGAGUUCAUUAAUACCACUCAUAGAUACAAAGAGGAAAUGAUCUAAGGCCAGUGAGACAUUGUGUUAGACAUUGAUUGAAAUCUCAUACUGUUUGUCUCUUUCAGUUUGAAAAUGUGUAAAAAAGGACCAAUGUGUUGAAAAAACAAGUGCAUGACAUCAUUUAUGAACCAAGCAGAGGACAAAAACCCUAAAGCCAUGUUUUGGUAGGACAAAAACCCUAAAGCCAUGUUUUGGUAGGACAAAAACCCUAAAGCCAUGUUUUGGUAGGCUAUACAGUUUGCCCAAAUUGUACCCAACGACACACUUCCCUUUAUUGAUCAACUUUUUGUACUUUUUUAUUCCCCUCACUGAAGCAUACAAAUUGUAUAGUAGCUCCUUCCUUUUCAGGUGUGGUGUAUCCUAUCCUCCAAUAAAGACAACAGCUUAGAAAUAGCCUGAGACCCCUGGCUUGGUCCCAGAUCUGGUUGUGUUGUCUUACGGGUCACUGUCACGGUGCGACAUAGGAGUUGGUAAGACAGCACAAACAUAUCUGGCACCAGGCUAUGAGACCCCAGCUUGACUGGAUAAUAUUAAGUAAUUCACCUGUACAGCUUUGUUGUUCCCACGAUGAAAUCGGGGAGGGGACGGUGGACCUGUCCCCGUCCGUCUGUUCGUACGAUGGUCACACGCAAUAUCUCAGACAGCACUGGCCCGAUUUUGACGAAACUUGGGUGAAUAAUGCGUCUUGCCAUAGAGAUCCAGCGUUUACUAAAUUACACUGAUUUGCCCAAGGCGGGAGUUACAAUAAUUAACUGACAUUUGUUCGUCAUACACAAUAUCAAUUGGCCCAAGGGGGGCGCUGCAUCAUUCGUGGGGGACGACAGGUUUACGGUUGCCUUAUUGAAAGAUUGCAGACAUUGCUUGUAUAAAUCACUAUUUGCAAUUUGGUACUAACUACCCAUUUUGUUUCACAUUCCAUCUGCACAUUUGGGAGGAGUUAUUUGAGUCAUUCAUAUUCAAAUUGACUGCGAUGUCAAGACCAAAUCCAUCAUUAUUCCUCGAGAAAUUAGGCUGACCGUUUGUAACCUGAAACUUUACAUGAACAUCUUCGACCAGAAAUGUUUGUACUUCACACUAUUAUUAAUCAGAUACCAAAUGUAAGCAAUGGCAACAGUGUAAACUAAAGGAUUAGGAUUAUUUUGUACAUGUAGCAUGUAUUGUGUCCCUGAUAACAUGGCUGCACUACUCGUGUUGUGAUUUAAACUAAUAAAAUAACUCCAUGGGC